ACAUAAUGACAAAAACGAAAUACACGAAUUACGGAAAUGGUCCAUCGAAAAUAAAAUUCCACAUACAGCAUUGGAUGGAUUAUUACAAAUUCUGCGUUCAAGGUUGUUACCUGAUUUACCUAAAUCCGCAAGUUUUCCUUGGAAGUUCUGCAAGUCAACAUGAACUUAAAAAAUUAAGUGCGCAAUCGGAAUUUGUAUAUUUUGGCAUAGCCGAGCAAUUGAAGAAGUGUAUAAAUGCAACUCUUCAUGAAAAAAAGGAAUUAUACCUUCAAUUUAAUUGUGAUGGUUUACCACUUUUUAAAUCAAGCUCCAAAGAAUUUUGGCCACUCUUAUGUAAAAUAUAUUUCCAACCAGAUAUUUAUGAACCAUUUCCUGUAUUGGUUCAUUUUGGAGACUCUAAACCAAAUUCCAUUCAAGAAUACCUCGAAGAGUUUGUGCAGGAAAUAAGUCUAUUAUUAAAGGAAGGCAUUGUAAUCGAAGAACAAUUUUUCCAAAUUCAUGUUAUGUGUUUCAUUUGUGAUAAACCAGCUCGCUCUUUCAUAAAAUGCAUAAAAGGACACGGUGGUUACAAUGCUUGUGAAAGGUGUACAGUAAAAGGUGAGCGAUAUGAAAGAAAAACGAUUUAUCUUACAAUAAACUGUCCAAAAAGAACGGAUGAGUCCUUUAGAAAAUUUGAAGAUAAGGAACAUCAUGGAGCAUUUCUUUCACCCUUACUAGCCAUCACACCAAAAAUCGAUAUGAUUUCACAUUUUGUAUUGGACAUCAUGCAUUUAUGUUAUUUAGGUAUUGCGAAAAAAUUAUUAACACAAUGUUGGUUGGGCACAAAAUCCAAUACAAAAUUAAGCCCAUACAAGAUUCAGCAAUUAUCAUUGCGAAUGUUGCACCUUAAACCGGAAAUUCCAAUAGAAUUCCAGAGAUCUACCAGAUCUUUAAAAGAUCAUGCAUUGGAAAGCAACCGAAUACAGAUUUUUCCUCUUAUACUGUAACCCAAUAGUGUUGAAAGAUAUUUUACCUAAAAAAUUAUAUCUUAUAUUACACAUUAUCUUCUAUUUCAUGUUGCUUGCAGAAUAUUGUGUUCAAAAAAUAUAGCAUUAGAGAACAAUAAGGAAGCAGGACUAUAUCUUGAAAGGUUUGUUGUGCUGGCAUAUAUUUAUUAUGGACCGACGGUCGGUGUGUUGAAUAUGCACAACUUAGUUCACUUGGCCGAUGAUGUAAAAAACAUGAAAUGUACUGUUUGGAGAAUCAGACGGAACCGGGCCCGAAUAAGAAAAUAGAAAUGCGGGCUCACUUCGAACUUCGCGCUCUGCAGCUACCCGACGCAUACGGGCUCUCCUUAUUGGUCCGCGCUCCCUACCUGUCGAGCGCAUACGAUUGGCCACCGCUUCGCAUGGCAACGAUCCCCAUUGGUUGGUACCAAUAACCGUCGGGGCUCUCUUUUGGGUCCGCGCUCUCUGUAGUACACGAGCGAUUUUCGGACUUGGCAACCAGUUACCUCAGAGUAUCCGUACAUCUUGUCACGUAUGUACGUGUGUCGGGAGGCGCGCAAUCAAGUACGUUGCGUCAUCCCGCGAGUGAAAACCUGCUUCGUCCGCAAGGACCGGUGCGUUCUCGCACAAGUAGUACGUCGUCCGUAAGGACCCGUGCGCCCUCACUCAAUCGAGAUUGCGUCCGCAAGGACCCGUGCGCUCGCUCGCACCAGGCAAAUAACGGCUUAGUCCGUAAGAACCGUGCGCUCGCUCGCACUCAGAAAUCACUCUGGCUGCUGUCUACGUCGCCGCUGUUGUCUACGUCGCCGCUGUUGUCUACGUCGCCGCUGUUGUCUACAUCGCCGCGAUUGUCUACGUGGCCGUUGCCGUCUUCACCGAGACCGCUCAGGUCAUCUCUACGUCUCAUCGACGUUCCGGACGUGCGACCAUCCCUGCCCAGUGUUUCGAUCAUUCGUCGGACCAGAUAAGUCCCCCGUUAUACGAACUGUCGCCAUCGACCCAUCGGCCCAUCGGCCCCCGAGCGCGGAUCUUUGUUAAACCCACCCCUACGUGAUGUUAUACAAGCUUCCACAUUAGUGAUUGUCCCAGCAUUAGUCGAUACGAAUAACGUUAAUACAUUCUUGCGUUCAACAUUCCUUCGAUAACUUUCUUGCGUUCCCCAUUCUUGUCCAUUAACUUUCUUACGUUUAAUAAACUUGCGUUUACCAUACUUGCGUUUCACAUUCUUGCGAUUAACUAUAGUGCGUUCCACAUUCUUGCGUUUAACGUCUGCUGAUGACUGUAUCCCCAAUUAAUAACUAAUCGAACCGUAGCGUUAGCAAUAUCACACUGUGCGAUCUCCAAACAUGUACUCUCCCGGAAAUUUCUGCAUUUCCUUUCGAAAAUUAUUUAGGUAAAAUGAAACGAUUUAUAAGAAGUGGAAAUAAAUGCUUGACGCAACUGUAUCGUAGACUAUCACAGUUAUCACUCAUUAAUAAUGCGGAAAAACCACAAAUGCCUACCCUUGUCCAAAUUAUUAAAAUUAUAUAUAAAAAUGAAAAAUGUUUAAUAAAAAAACUGAGAUAUAAGGAAUUUACAAUUACAUGCAAGUCUCCGAAUAAUGUUGCGUUGUUAAAUGAUGAAUCGAUUAUCCUUAUUGACAAUAUGUCGUUCCUUAUUAAUAAUGGAAAUGUUAAUGUGGAUAAUAUUAUUAUACAUGGACAAAUUCUCCAAACAAGAAAAUCAAUUUUUGACUAUCCCUUUGAGUCUUCGAUAAUGAACAUGUGGGAACUUGAAAGCUGCAACAACGAACAACUAAUUGUUACGUCAAUUUCGUUAUCAUCCGUUUUACAAAAAAUGAUUUUAUUAACUCAACCAGCAAAAUUUGAGGAAUUUCCGCAAAAAUAUGUUAUACCACUUCUUCAUUAAAACAGGUAAUAAUAAAUAAAUAAAUAAAUAAAUAAAUAAAUAAUAAUAACGCAUUGACAGAUGGUGACACUAGUAACGCAGAAAAAGUAUCUACACCACUAAAACGAAAAAAAUAGUAUUCCACAGAAUGGGCAGUGUCAUUUUUGAUUAUUUCUACAACAUGUCAGAUUACAUAAAUUAUAUAAUAAAAAGCAUGCAAGUUGUGUUAAAAAAAAAGUUACUUUCGAUCACAAAAUUUCAUUUCUAAAAGCAUAAAUUGAAAGUAAAUAAUCUAAAUAACACGAUAAUUUCAACUCUUGAAAACUUAAGACUGGUUAAGCAAGAAGUAAGAUGGAAGAAGCAUGGAGAGAGAACAAGUAAGGUAUUAAUCGCUUGGCCUACGAGGUAGGAGAGGAGAGGAUGGGGGACGAGAAGUAGAAAAAGGAAGGAUAUACGGCAAACGUAGAAGUUAAGAGAACUCGCUCGAGUACCUUGCCCCGGAUCAGUGAAGGACAUAGAAGGGGAAGGAGUAAAGGCUGCGGAAAGUAUGCAGAGAGUGGAGAUAGGAAGAAAAAUACGGCGGGAGGGUUAGAAGACAGUACGAGAAAGAAA